GGGGCAGUUGCUUCCUUACAUAUGUUGGAGAAGUUUUUGCAUUUCCAAUAGUCAAGUAAGGUUCUUGAAAGGCUUUCCUGUACAAAAUGAGCAGCCAUGGAUUCCUUGAAAGGUUCAAAGCUGCAAAGCCUUUCUUUGCUGUUGUUUUCUUGCAAUUCGGGCUUGCGGGGAUGGAUAUUCUUUGCAAGGCUGCACUUAACCAAGGGGUGAGCAACUAUGUACUCGUCGUCUACCGCCACGCAGUUGCCACUCUAGUUGUUGCUCCGUUUGCAGUGGUUCUGGACAAAAAAGUAAGGCCAAAGAUGACACUUAACAUCUUCAUCAAGAUAACGGUGCUCGGCUUGCUAGAGCCAGUUCUUGAUCAAAAUUUGUAUUACUUAGGAAUGAAGUACACAACAGCAACCUUUGCAGCAGCUAUGUCCAAUAUUCUUCCAGCUCUUACGUUUGUAAUGGCUUGGAUUCUUGGGCUCGAGAAAGUAAAAAUGACAUGCAUCCGGAGCCAGAGUAAGUUGCUCGGAACUGCAGCAACAGUUGCAGGUGCCAUGAUCAUGACACUGGUAAAAGGGCCACUUUUGAAGCUGUUUUGGACCAGAGCAACCACCAGUACCCAACAGCAAACAAAUGGUGUAGAUAUUCAUAGUUCGAUUAAGGGUGCUCUAAUGAUCACAGCUGGUUGCUUCUGCUGGGCUUGUUUCAUGAUUCUGCAGUCCAUGACACUAAGAACAUAUCCUGCUGAGCUCUCCCUUUCAGCUUGGAUAUGCCUGAUGGGCACAUUGGAAGGAACUGCUGUAGCAUUAGUCAUGGAAAGGGGAAACGCUGCCGUUUGGGCUAUACAUUGGGAUGGAAAAUUACUGGCAGCUGUCUACAGUGGAAUAUUCUGUUCAGGACUAGCUUAUUACAUCCAAGGAGUGGUAAUGAAACACAGAGGCCCUGUGUUUGUGACAGCUUUUAGUCCCCUAAGCAUGGUUAUUGUUGCUGUCAUGAGCUCCAUCAUUUUGCGGGAGCAAUUAACUCUUGGAAGGUUACUUGGUGCUGCUGUCAUAAUUAUCGGCCUGUAUCUUGUUGUUUGGGGUAAGAGCAAAGAGAACUCCCUAGAAGAGGAACUAGCAGCAAAUAAACAAGUAGGAGAGGAAAAAGAUAGAUCCAACCUUGAGGUCAUCACGAUUGCAUCAUCUUGCAAGUGAAUUGUAGAGAGAGAUGAGGCGUAACCUGACUAAAUGAAUCUAAUAUCCAUAUAGCUUUAAAAACUUUUUUCACUGCUUUUGGAAAGCAUCAUUCACAAUCUGAAAGAAAACAGCAAUAAUGAAAAUAUCCAGAUGUGCAUCAGUUAAUUGAA